AGAAGAAGAGAUGGAGAGUGGGAAUGGAGAAGGAAAGGGAGAGUUCAUAAACCAAAACAAUGACUUUUUUCUUGAUUCCAUGUCACUGCUCUCUUCUCUCCCUCCUUGCUGGGAUCCAUCUCUUCCUCCUCCUCCUCCUCCGCCACCAAACUCUCUCUUCCACGCUCUCUCCGUCGACACCCCUUUCCCUGACCAGUUCCAUCACCCUCAGGAGUCAGGUGGUCCAACAAUUGGCAGCCAAGAUGGGUUACAAGCACAAGGGACAGUCUCGACCACCAGCGCACCAGUUGUUCGUCAAAAGCCAAGGGUUCGAGCCAGGAGAGGCCAAGCCACCGAUCCUCACAGCAUUGCUGAGCGGCUAAGGAGGGAACGCAUCGCAGAGCGUAUGAAGUCUCUUCAAGAACUGGUUCCUAACACCAACAAGACGGAUAAGGCAUCAAUGUUGGAUAAGAUCAUCGAGUAUGUUAGGUUCCUUCAGCUUCAAGUCAAAGUACUAAGCAUGAGCAGAUUGGGAGGUGCAGGUGCAGUUGGUCCACGCCUCAAUGGUCUCUCCGCCGAGGCAGGAGGACGGCUCAACGCCCUCACUGCACCUUGCAAUGGCGUAAACGGGAAUGGAAACGCGACAGGAUCAUCCAAUGAGAGCUUAAGGUCAACAGAACAGAGGGUAGCAAAACUGAUGGAAGAAGACAUGGGAUCAGCAAUGCAGUACCUUCAAGGGAAGGGGCUUUGCUUGAUGCCCAUCUCUCUAGCAACCGCGAUAUCAUCCUCAAGCACUCACUCUCGUGGAUCUCUCUUCCACCCCAUCUCCAAUCCCGUCGCAGCAGAGGAUGCAAAUGUAGCAGCAGCAGUUGCUGCACCUGAAGCCUCCUCGACUAUGGAUGAUGUAUCUGCUGCCUCCAAGGCCUGAACCAUAGAGGAUACUCAU